GUGCGUUUCACAGGAACGUCCGUUAGAAAUGAAUGAGACCCAAAGAAGUGACGCAUGACCGCGGUUUUCCGAGUUAUUAAAACAUUCAAAGUUCCUCGCCACGCAAACCGUUCGCGUUUUACGCGCGUGUAAAUGCAGCUCAAGAAAGCGUAAAUAUUGAAGUGUGAGUAAAGAAGAGUGAGCUGAGAAGUGCCGCGUGUCAGUACAGCACCAGUGUCCGUGCAUUCAGCAGCUCCACAGACAUUUCAUAUAAUAAUAUUAAUAUUUAUCGUGAUGGUUGUAUUGAAGAGUUUACCUCCACCCAGCGAGGGCAUCAAACUUCAGCAGGCCGAUACAACAGCGGUUCUGGACGGGAAGAGACUGGGGUCAGGGACCCUGUUUGUGGCUGAGGCGCAAUUGUCAUGGUUUGAUGGUUCAGGAAUGGGUUUCUCUCUCGAGUAUCCCUCCAUCAGUCUGCACGCAAUCUCACGAGAUCCUGGAGCAUUCCCAGAGGAACAUCUUUAUGUGAUGGUCAAUGCAAAACUGGAUGGUAAGUCAUCAUCUACCAAACACCAUCAUGAUCGGAUUGCUCCGAAAAUGAAAUUAUUUACUGAUAAUGUAUUGUGUGUUUGGCAUGAACGAUCUUUAUUGUGUCUUUCAGAUGAAGGUGAACAGGAGAUGGAGGAUAAAGCUCCAGAUGAUGCAGGAGAAGAUGAGAGUGACAGUGGUAGUGAGGGUUCAGAAACCAUUACAGAGAUUCGCUUUGUGCCCAGUGAUAAAGCUGCACUGGAGUCCAUGUUCUCGGCCAUGUGUGACUGUCAGGCGCUGCAUCCUGACCCGGAGGAUGCUGAGACGGAUGAUGAUGAAGAUUAUGAAGGAGAGGAGUAUGAUGUAGAGGAGGCAGAACAAGAGCAGGGUCAUGGAGACAUACCUACGUUUUACACUUAUGAGGAGGGUCUGUCUCAUCUGACGUCUGAGGGUCAGGCCACACUGGACCGAUUGGAGGGGAUGUUGGCCCAGUCAGUCGCUCAGCAGUACCACAUGGCGGGAGUCAGAACGGACCAGGCCUCAGCUGAAUUUGAAGAUGGAAUGGAGGUCGACUCGAACGCAGUUGCUGGACAGUUUGAUGAUGCUGAUGUGGACCACUGAUGGAGCGUGUCUGUAAACUGCUGAUUAAAGCACUUCACUGAGGCAUGCUGGGAUACUGACUGACUCACUGAUACACUCGAUCUCUUUUCUAAUCUCUCUUUCCCUGAAUUUACUGAGCAGUCUUACAUUUACCCCGGCACUUAUAUGUCUCACUAAUGUACUUCGUACGAGUAGUUUUCCCUGAAGACCAAAAUAAUUCUCCUGUAAGGAUUAAUGUUUGUGUUUAAUGUUAGUUUCAAUAAAUACAGCUGUUUUUGUACAAAGUCA